CAGCGCGAGGAGACCACACACCAGGCCACCACCACCACCCUAGCUAGCUAUAUAUAUACGCACACCACAUUCUCUCGCUCCGCUCCUCUCUCCCCGGGCACCAUCUAUAUAUAUAUCGUCUCUCUUACUAGUACCACUAGAGCUAGCUAGGCUCUCUCUCUCUCUCUCUCUAGCUGGUCAGUGAUCAAUACACUACCACCACCGCCCCCAAGCAAAUUCCACCUCUCAAGAACAGCCCUGCUGGCCGCUCCGGUGGUGUAUAGCUAGCAUCGCGUUCUAAGCUACUAGGAAUCAUCGGGAGAGAGAGAGAGAAGCAAUCUAGUUUCCGGCCGGGCGGAGGUGAUCAUAAUCAUCGCCGGCAGCAGCAGAUCGGAGCAGAGCAGAGCAGCAUGGGCAAGAACUGCGUGCCGCCCGUGGCCAUGGUGCUCGUGCAGCUGGGGUUCGCCGGCAUGAAUGUGGUGUCGAAGCUGGCGCUGGAGGCCGGCAUGAGCCCCUACGUGCUCAUCGCCUACCGCAACCUCAUCGCCGCCGCCGUCAUCUCCCCCGUCGCCUACUUUGUCGAGAGACGAAGCGGGGCGACGAUCACAAAGAAGGUGCUCCUCCAGAUCUUCUUCUCCUCCAUCUUCGGGGCAACGCUGAACCAGGUGCUGUACUUCGUGGGGCUAAAGUCGACGAGCCCGACGGUGGCGUGCGCGCUCACCAACACGCUGCCGGCGCUGACCUUCGUGAUGGCGGCGGCGCUGAAGAUGGAGUCGGUGCGCCCCGGCACGGCGGCGGGGCAGGCCAAGCUGGUGGGCACGGCGGUGUGCGUGGGCGGCUCCAUGGUGAUCCCCUUCUACAAGGGCCCCGAACUCGGCCUGUGGGCGUCACCGAUCCACUGGCGCUUCGCGGAGGAGCACUCCAUCGCGGCGGCGCCGUCGUCCGCCGCCGCCGGUGGCCACGCGGGGGCCGCCGUGCUCGGGGACGUGCUCAUCAUCGCCAGCUGCGUCGCCUGGGCCGUCUGGUUCAUCCUCCACACCAAGAUGUCCGAGGGCUUCUCCGCGCCUUACACCAGCACCGCCAUCAUGUGCCUCAUGGCCGGCGUGCAGUGCGCCGGCGUCAGCGCCGCCAUGGACCGCAGCCUCGACGUCUGGAAGCUCGGAUGCGACAUCAGGCUCUACUCCGUGCUCUACAUCGGCAUCGUUGGGUCCGGGAUCGGGUUCACGGUGAUGUCGUGGUGCAUCCAGGCGCGCGGCCCGCUGUACGUGUCCAUGUUCAGCCCGCUGCUGCUCGUCAUCGUCGCCGUCGUCGGCUGGGCCAUCCUCGGCGAGAAGAUACGCGUCGGAACUGCUGUCGGGUCCGUGCUCAUCGUUGCCGGGCUAUACAUGGUGCUCUGGGGCAAGGGCAGGGAGAUGGACAGACCGGGCGUCGACAACGACAAAGGCGACGAGGAGAGCGCCGGCGGCGCCGUGGGCCUUGUUGGCUUCAGCGGCAAGGGUGGUGGCGCCGUCGCAAUCGCAAGCAGCCGCGUCGACGCCAUCAGCCUGCCGGUGUUCUCCACAACCACAAGUAGCCCCAACAAGCGGCAGCAGCAGCAGCUCAUCCACGGGUGAAGCUGAUCGAUGCCUGCCCGACGUCAGUUCAGUUGGACGCGCCAAGAAAAUCUUGCAGGGUGGGUGUGUGUGGAGUGGCGAAAAAAAUAACGCAAAAUAGCUAGUGGAGUGGAGGAAAGAGGAACGGAAAACCGGCCGGAGGAGGGGAGGGAGGGAAUACGACGGCGGCGACGAUUGCAUUGGAGGGGGGCAUAAAUACAGACUUGUUGUUGUUGUAUACUGUUGCGUUGCGUUGCAUUGCAGUUGCAGCAGCGUCAGAGUGUGGUUUGUUACAAAGAGGAAACAAACAAAAUAGGCGUGUGAUGUGACUGUACUAGUGGGAAGGAUUGCUUGCUUGCUAGCUUUGGA